CCUAGAUUCUUUUUUUUGAAGCUGCAGAUUGAAAGGGACUUGGUGAUUUCUUUGGCAACUACAUACUUAAAUACUUAGAUGACUUAGGAGCAGAUCUAAAAGAUAAAGUUUGUUCCUUCAUCUUCAUCCUUUUUCUAGCCUCCACCUCCUUGUUGUGAAAAUUCAAAAGAAAAGUCACGAAGGUUGGUGUUCAUCAUAGCUUAUUAACAUUUGAAAAGAUGGCGUGGGGUCCUUUAAUCCGUAUUGUUGCUCAGGUUGUGCGCGUAGCUGGCGGCGCUGCUGGCCGCGCGGUACGUGAUGCAUAUAGAGAAGCCGCCAAAAACCCGAAAGUCGCAACUGCUGUGGGCAAUAAAAAGAUGAGUGUAGACGAAGCAACGAAGAUUUUGGAUGUCGUGCAAUCCUUCUCUGAAUUAAACGCUGCUAAGUUAAGGCUUGGUGAAGAAAACAAUCGGUAGAAAGAAGUGAAGCUUAGAGUUUAGACUUCAGAAGCUCAUAGAGUUCCCAUUUUUCUAUUUUACACGACAUUACGUUUAUGAAUAUCAGCCUCGGUGCUCGACGUCGACUUUACUCAGGUCACCCAUCAUCCUCGGAGUUGAGCACUGCAUGUUGAUACCACCCUCUUCUAACAAAAGCAGGAGAAGAAGCCUCUUUGUGUGCGAAAAGUAUUGCGUCAAAAGCAGAGACGAUGCGAGCUAUUAACCAGGUGGACGCCAAAGGCAUCGGAUCGCCGUAUAAACCUAGUGGAAUAGGAUCACCGUACCCCCAUCUGAGAAGACUUUGUGAACGAUGGUGAUGCCAGCACUAGGCGCAAGUAAGUAUGAGUGGCUCCAUGAUAUGAAGAUCCGCAGCAAUGGCUGAUCAUGUGAACUUUGCCUAUAUAACUGAGCUCAUCUUUGUAACAUAUGACUUAUUUUCCCAGGUACUUGCAAUCGAAAGUGAGUAUCGCCGAAGUAAUCCUUUUGGAAGAGUUGAAGAGGCGAGCGAAAAAGGCUGCUCUCUAA